AUGUGGGAAAUUACGCCGAUGGAGCUGCUUUAUAGCAGCAUGAUAGCCAGUGUGAUGCUUCUGGGAUGCCUGGUCAGCGCUGUUGAGCCUCAUCUGCCAGCCUUCCUCACGCAGACCUUUCGCUAUGGGAAGCACUCGCUGAAGGCCAGGAGAAACGCCCUAGUUGACCGUCUGGAGAUCCCGAAGUCCUCUUUCAGGCACUUCUACGUCUUCGCUCUCAUCCUGUCCGGAUUCACUUUCUACCUCGUCAUGCGCACUUACGUAGGAGGAAAAUCACCGCCAGACACUCUGCUGGUGCUCCUGGACUUUUUCUGUGGGAAGAAGCGCACGGUGAAAGGAAAUGCCUUGACGACUGUCUUGGCCACCAGUUGUCUCUUGCUUCAGUGCUUGAGACGCUUCUGGGAGACUCACUUCGUGCAGGUCUUCUCCAAAUCAAGCCGCAUCAACGUAGCUCACUAUCUGGUGGGGUAUUUGCAUUAUUUUGGCGCUGUUGUGGCCAUUCUUGCCCACUCGGAGGGAUUCGUGACGCCGGUAAGUGCUCAUCUGGCAUGGGCUCAGCUGAACUGGCGUGUCAUCACUUCUGCAGUGGUGUUCAUCUUUGCUUGGCGGCAGCAAUGGCGCGCAAAUGACUCUUUGGCGCGCCUGCGGAAGAACUCCUCUGGACAAGUGGUGACGGAGAAGCAUUUGAUGCCCGCGGGCGGAUUCUUCGACCUCAUCUCGUCGCCCCACAUGUCCUUCGAGUGCCUCAUGUACGUGGCACUCGUGCCAGCGCUGGCCGGCAACACUGACUGGCUCCUGGUCACCGCCUGGGUAAUCGCGAAUCAGGCUCAAGUGGCGCACUUCACACACAUCUGGUACCGCGAGGCGUUUCCCAACUACCCAAAGUCCCGGAAGGCAUUGAUUCCGGGAGUCUUUUAGCUACACAAACAUUCACACAAAGCAUCCAAGAGGCAUUCAAUAGAAUAGACUGACAACUAGAGUACAAAACAAGAUUGUAUUUUUAUGAGAAAUAAAAAUGUGAGUUA